AUGAGUCACGCGCAGAAACCAUCAAUAGGCGGAGAAUCAAGUACCAGCAGUGAAGAUGUCUACUUUGAAGCGAUAGCAGAUGAAGAUAAUAUAACUCCUCGUAGAACACGUGAACAAUUAACCCAUCAACAUAGUUCAUCAUUUGAUUCGAUGGGCUCAUCGCGUUUCGAGUCUGUUUAUAUGACACCUCGAGACUCGAAUUGUAAUUCCAGGUACAUAAAUGCGAAUGAAAUUUUGGGUAUAGAUAAUGGAAUCAUGGACAAAUAUCGAAAACAGGCAUCUACCGCUGGUGUUGGCAGUAGUAAUAGUAGUAAUAAUAAUGGCAGUGUAGGUGGCGAUGAUAUAGGUGCUGGAGUUGGAGGAAACGAUUUUGAUGUGGUGAAAGCUGCGGAAGAAGCAUUUAAUAAUAUGAGAUUGGAGUUUAAAUCUGAUCAAUGGUUUAGCACUUCUAAUGACUUGACUAAUGACACAAUAGUGCAAUUAGAACUUCAACCAAGGGAACAAUUAAAAAUGCAACAUCAGCAAUUACAUAAUCGUCGUUAUUCCAAUCAGCAACAAAACAUCCCAAAAAAACAAGAAUUGCAACAAAAACAAGAUCUGCCUUCAUCUAGUAAUAAGAACAUUAAUAAAAAAACCUCAAAAAGAUCAUCGAAAUUAUCACAUCAAGUUAUAAUAGGAAAGCAUGAAAAUGACGUGCUUGAAUUGAAUUUAUCUACAUCUCAGUUGAAUACUUGUGAUAAAGUCUUUUUAUUUAUUGGCACAUCAAUUGUUUUCUUCCUUGCUGUGCUCGAUAUAAAUGUGGUUGCUAUGCAAGUACCAAUAAUAGUCGGUGAAUUUCAUUCGGCUCAGGAUAUCACUUGGCUUGUCACUUCUUAUAAUUUGGGAAGCGAUGUUUUGCCGGUGACUCGUCAACGAUUAUUAUUCAAUACACUACUAAAUGGCGUAUUUUCAAUUGCAAUGGUAUCGGGUCCUCUUAUUGGUGGUCUUUUUGCGGAUAGGUUAUCGUGGCGUUGGACAUUUUAUAUGAAUGCUCCAUUACGAUCUUCAACAUCAAUAACAUCAACAACCACCGAUAAAUUAAAAUCUGUUGAUUGGAUAGGAUCGUUUUUAUUAUUCACGGGAAUUUUGCUAAUUCUUUUAGCAAUCGGAUUUUGCGGCACCAAAAAAUACUACGAGUGGAUAAGCGUACCAAUCAUAGGCCUAUUUAGUGUCGGAUUAUGUGUAAUAAUAGCAUUCGGGAUACAUGAGGCAAAAUUCGCCACUGAUCCUAUAAUUCCCACUAUAUUCUUAAAAGACUACGGACUACGAGCGAUAUUUGGCGCCUUUUUCUUCCUAGGCUGGGUGCAAAUAGUAAUCACCUACUACAUUCCGAUUUUCUAUCAAUAUGUCCGCGAGAAAUCGGCAAUUGACGCGGCGAUCGCGUUCCUGCCAUAUAUUGGCGGAGUGGUGGUGAUGUCGUGGCUGAGUGGUGUCACGGUGUCGAGAAGGCGCUUGUUUCGUUGGUUUAUUGUUUUGGGGUCGGUGUUUCUGAUUGUGGGCGUUGCUUUGCAAUCUACUUUUGAUUUGUCGACUGAUAUUGUAAGAGAUAUCGUUGGAUUGUCAUUGGCUGGAAUGGGUGUUGGUGUUUUGUUCAUGACAUUACCAGUAGCGUGUCAAGCUGCUGCUCUAUCAUUAGAGAGAAGAGAACAAUAUAAAAAAGAAAAUAUUAGCGAUGAAGAUGAUAAUGACCGUGUGGAAUCACAACGAAAUCUUGGAAUAUUAACACAACCACAAUCCACCCAACUUGCCACCAUCACAAAAAACAAUAACAGUGUCAACAAUAACUCAUUAGAUUCUUCGGAAAUGAUAAUCACAACUCUCGGAAACUUUUUCAAAAGCGCCGGUCUCGUAUUCGGAAUGUCGAUAUCUGGAGCAUUGUUCAACAAUAUAAUGUCUUCAGAGAUAUCAGCACUCAAUGACGAACAACAACUAAUAGUAUUCAAUGGUGUGAACACUGCGUUGAUCAAACCUACUUCUAUAUUUACCAAAUUUCCUCCUGAGUUACAAUUGUUUGUUCGUAAUGCGGUGCAAGAUGGCGUUUCCCGGAAUUUCACUGUUUCUUUUGUUAUGGCUGCUGUUGGAUUGGUGUUUGCGUUGUUUAUUAGGCAUUAA